CCCACCGGCAGCGAUGUCCAGGAAUGGAUACUUCUUUGAAGAAGCAGGCUACCUUAAAUGCGAUACGGACGAUGGCUGCGAGAACAAAGAAGAAGCUGGAGGAGAGGAGCUCUUUGACACUGUAAAUUCCUCCAUCGUAUCUGGAGACAGCAUCAGGUUCUUUGUGAAUGUCAACUUGGAUGUCCAACAGAACGUUACUGAAAGUGAGAGCGCUGGCUGCGUUUUAUUACACACAUCAAGAAAAUACCUAAAAUUAAAGAAUUUUGAAGAGGAAGUCAGAGCUCACCGUGACCUUGACGGGUUUCUGGCGAGAGCCAGUAUCAUCCUGGAUGAGACGGCAACCUCUCUGGAUGACGUCCUGCGGGAGAUGUUGAAACACUUUGCGGAAGAUUCAGACAACGCAGAGCCCAGCUGCAACUUUGACAAAAUCAUGAGCACUUUAUUCACUGAUUCGGGGACUCCCCGAGAAGGGAAUGUUCACCUCUUGUCCGAUACAAUUCAGGGUGUCACAGCAACGGUCACCGGGGUACAAUAUCAACAGUCUUGGCUUUGUAUCAUUUGCACUAUAAAGUCCCUUCAGCGCCGUCACGUGUGCAUCAGCCGGCUGGAAAGGCCCCAGAACUGGGGGGAGAACUCUUGCGAAGUCAGAUUCGUCAUUCUGGUGCUUGCUCCUCCAAAAAUGAAAAGUACUAAAACUGCCACAGAGGUGGGCCGGACGUUCGCCACAAUGUUCUCGGAUAUCACCUUUCGACAGAAGCUUCUGGAAACAAAAACAGAAGAAGAAUUCAAGGAAGCGUUGGUCCACCAGCGUCACCUACUAACGGUGGUUAACCAGAGGCCCUCAGCGGUGACGGAUGGCCACAAGACACACGGCCACAAACCUCUGAAGAAAAGUACUAAAACUGCCACAGAGGUGGGCCGGACGUUCGCCACAAUGUUCUCGGAUAUCACCUUUCGACAGAAGCUUCUGGAAACAAAAACAGAAGAAGAAUUCAAGGAAGCGUUGGUCCACCAGCGUCACCUACUAACAGUGGUUAACCAGAGGCCCUCGGCGGUGACGGAUGGCCACAAGACACACGGCCACAAACCUCUGAAGCUCCACGAAUUCUUCAGCGUUGGCAAAGGGAUUUUUGAUGACAUUGCACGAAGAUUCCCAGUGUACGCGCUAGACUUCACUGACGGCAUAAUUGGCAACAACAAAGCCAUUGGCAAAUACAUCACCACCAUGAUUUUCCUCUACUUUGCCUGCCUUCUGCCCUCCAUCGCUUUUGGUUCCCUAAAUGACGAAAACACAGAUGGAGUCAUUGAUGUACAGAAAACGAUCGUGGGCCAGUGCAUCGGAGGGCUGCUUUACGCUCUCUUCUCCGGCCAGCCGCUCGUUGUGCUCUUAACGACGGCUCCUUUGGCGCUGUACAUCAACGUCAUCAAAGGAAUCUGUGACGAUUACAAGUUGCAGUUCAGUGCUUUCUAUGCCUGGGUCGGCCUCUGGAACAGCUUCUUCCUCAUGCUGUACGCCCUUUUUAAUUUCAGCCUUGUAAUGAAGCUCUUCAAAAGGUCAACAGAAGAAAUCAUUGCACUUUUUAUCUCCAUUACCUUUGUUCUUGAUGCCCUUAAAGGUAUAACCAAAGUUUUUACACAUCACUACCAUAGCACACCUGCGGACAAUGCCACCAACAUCUGGAAUAUGUCUGUGGAUCGCUCUGCCUUGGGGAACCAGACAGAGGCCCCCCCUUCCCCUGUGCAUUACGGGCGCGAGACAGCCGUUCUUAGCCUCAUGCUGAUGUUGGGGACCCUUUGGCUGGGGCACACGCUGUACCAGUUUAAAAAAAGCCCUUAUUUGCACGCCAGAGUCCGCGAAAUCCUUUCCGACUGUGCCUUACCCAUUUCGGUCCUAACGUUCUCCGUUGUUGGGUCCUAUUUCUUCAAGGAAAUAAGGAUGUCUCAAUUUAACUACAAUCAAUCGGAGAGCUUGUUUGAGCUGGCGCCCCUCCGGGAUCUCUCCGUCGGCUCCGUAAUGAGCACCAUGGGCCUCGGCUUCCUCCUUUCCAUGCUUUUUUUCAUUGAGCAAAAUAUAGUGGCAUCGCUCACAAAUGCCCCCGAGAACAGGUUAGUAAAGGGAACUGCUUACCACUGGGACCUGCUGCUCGUAGCUCUGAUCAACACUGGGUUAUCCGUCUUUGGGUUACCGUGGAUCCACGCUGCCUUCCCUCACUCACCCAUGCACGUCCGAGCUCUGGCCUACGUGGAGGAGAGGGUCGAGAACGGCCACAUUUAUGAAACAGGCCACAAAAGCGAAAGGAGUCAGAAGUGCCACUGCUCCAACUCGGGGUUUGCUGUAGCAAGGAGAGGAUUAAAGGUGGAUUUGACCGCCUACCCGCCAACGCACUACAUCCGCCGAGUCCCCCAAAGGAAGAUCCACUAUUUCACCGGCUUGCAGGUUCUCCAGCUUCUCAUUCUGUGCGGCUUCGGGAUGUCUCCUUUGCCCUACAUGAAGAUGAUCUUCCCUCUCAUCAUGAUUGGAAUGAUCCCCAUCAGGUACAAUUUGCUCCCCAGGAUCAUUGAGGCGAAAUACUUGGAUGCGAUGGACGCCGAGCACUAGAGGCGGAUCGCUGACGGUGGCCCUUGGAACAAUUCGCUGCCUUCUUCUGAAUGGAAAGGAAGCCAUUGCCUGACGGAGUUACACAGUUGGGGAGUCGGCCUGUUGAUCAUCUCUGUGACGUUCACGUAUUUCUGCACUAUUUAUCCGAGGCCUGUUGCCGGAGGAGACCCACCAAGUGCCCAAGUUUCGGGAUGGGGUGGGGAGGGGGGGAACCAUGGCUCUCCUGAGCUGAGAGACAAGCAAGCUUUAAGGAAACCCCAAAGACGCAGUCCCGGGAUUGCUACGUGCCUGUUGCGUUGAGAGGAAGCCAUCUCCCUUCUUACGGACGUGUUCCUCAGAUUUCCACCGCUCUGAAAAAGGAAAAGUUGCCCUUCCCCUUUUUCCUUCACAGAAUCGACAGCCUGAAGUUGAGUUUUCGUGGAGUUCCCCACCUCUUCGAAAUAAGUUGACCCUCCCUUGGAAUCGAGUAAACCACAGACGAGCGUCGUCAGCGACCGCUAGACGAUGGAGUCAUUUUGCUGGAGGUUUCUUUUGCCCAAAGAUGGUCAAUUCUGUGGGAAUGAUCCAAAGCAACCUUUCCUCUCCUAUUAACAGACUAAAUCCCACCUUAGACCAGUAGAUUCACACAAGGGUAAUGUUCGAACCAGGCUCUGGAUCUUGGCAGAAUUCUCAUAUGUGUACAGUGCUAGCGUGUACAUAUAUUUAUAUAUACAUAUAUAUACAGAUAUAUAUAUAUAUAUAGCUAAUCUAGAUUUGUGUAUAUAUUUUGCAUAUGAACGCGCUGGAUUUAGAUGCCUGUCCUUUCCAGAGACAGAAAAGGUGCAAUCAAUCAGUGUUAACUUGUACUGUAUCUUACCCUCAACUCUUGUGCCCGUUUUCUUUCCCUCUUUCCUUCACUGCUGAUCUCUCCUCGUCUUUUCUUUCCAGACCUGCUGUGUUGGCUCAUCCCUCGGGUUUCAUCAUCCCCCUUUACCUCCAUCACCCUUUGAUCCCUGGGGGCAUUUCAUUUUAACGUACAGUACAUUGUCAACAGACGACUGUUGGGGGAGUGGGUUCAUGCUUUCUUCUGUUCCAUUUUGUUGGCCUCGGCUGUAUUUCCAUUGCUUUUCUCUGUACUGUUCUUGUUGUUUUUUUGUUGGUUCGUGUUUUUUUUUGUUUGGUUUUGUAGAUAAAUCUCCCCGCUUUUCCUCACAAAGCAUUACAUUACAGUUCUAGAAGAA